CCCGCGACAAAUUUGAGUUCAGCUUUUGUUUCUUGCACCACAACCAGCUCGACGACGGUGGGAUAAAGAUGUGGACUAUGGGAUACUCGCUUCCAACUGGUAUCCAAUUAGCUCUUCUUGUUCUAAGAGUUAUCUCUCCAGCUUUUGUCUUUUUCUCGUCUUUAUCUCUGUUCUUCCUUCGACCUUUACCACCAACAUCACCGUCGCCUAUCACCUCUGUCGUUAUCUCCCGCCGUAUUCCCCGUCGAGCUUCAAUUCUCCUUUUCCUUACUCUUUGCUCGUUAACCUAUCUGGGUGACGGUCUUACGUUCAUUGUACAUGCAAUAAUCCAGCAUAAUUGGCCCUGGUACUCGGGUAUCGAAGUUAAUGCGCUUUUGGGUGUUGUAGCCUUCUCGGGCCUUGCCGCUUUGGGCACAUGGAAGGAUUUGCACGGUUUACGAAUCUGGGACCUAAAGAGAGUCAGCUUUUCAGUGGCUCUAUCGCUAGUUUUGGACAUUGCCUUGGUCAUUAUGAUUGGCCUGAAUUUCCGACAAGCCGGAUUUCCUUCGUCAUUAUCCCUUGUCAUGUUGUUGCAUCUUGCGUUUCCUAUUUUUCGAAUUAUACUUCUGGUUCCCUUGUUAACGUCACUUCUCACUCCUCGCGUUGUUUACACCUCAGUCCAUGAGGAAAGCGGAUCUGAAGAAAUUCCAACGGAUUCGUCUCUUCUCCUUCCCGCAUCAGCGGCCUCUCAAACAUCAACCGGCCUGCUUGCAGUUCCCGUUCCCUCUGAGAAUGCAAAGUAUGGUACCUUCCGACCUACUUACUCUGCCCUUCUACAAUCCACUCCGACUACUCGUGCUCCUACUCCUGCUCCAUCUCAGAACGUCAAUGAAAAGCCAGAAAUUGUUUUGGAGCCAUCUUGGUCAGAAUUGAUGCAACGCAUCCAACACCUGUCUCCGUACCUAUGGCCUUCCAAGAGCCGUUCGCUUCAACUAAUCGCUAUACUAUGCAUCUUAAUUUUGCUCUGUGGUCGAUUCGUCAAUGCGAUUAUGCCAUUUACAGUUGGAGAAUUAAUCAAGGUCUUUGAGAAGCGGUCAAGCUAUUCCAUGUGGCCUCUAUUAUUUCUUUACGUCACUCUUCGCUUCUUACAAGGAAGUGGAGGGUUGGCGGCCUUACGCGAUGCUCUAUGGACGCCCGUCAUGCAAUACUCAGAUCGAGAAAUGUCGGAGUUGUCUUUCAAUCAUCUGCUGAACCUCUCUUUCGCGUUUCAUACACGGCGCAAAACUGGUGAAAUACUCCGGGUGCUUGACCGUGGCGCUGCCAUAAAUCAUACUUUAGAGUUGAUUAUGUUCAGUAUAAUACCGACUUUCGUGGAUAUUGCCAUAGCGUUGGUCAUGUUUUGCCUCAUCUUUGACUGGAUUCUCGCGGUCGUGAUAUUCUUUGUAAUGUUUGCAUACGUCUCUGCUAGCGUCGUUCUCACUCAAUGGCGUACGCGCAUUAGGCGGCAGAUGAAUGAGCGCGAUAUAAUAACUCGUGGCAUCCACACUGAUUGCCUUCUAAACUAUGAAACAGUGAAAUAUUUCGGCGGAGAGGAACAUGAGGCUGCUCGAUAUCAUGAUGCUAUACGUGAAUACCAAGUCCUUGAAGCUAGAGUUAUAAUUUCUCUCAAUCUUCUGAACCUGGUUCAAAACUUCAUCAUAACAUCUGGGCUACUUGUUGGCUCUAUCAUUGUUGCGCGCCGUGUAGUCCGCGGUGAUUUAGACCCCAGUGAUUUUGUGGUUUUCAUUGUUUACCUCGCGCAGUUGUACGGACCCUUGAACCAACUAGGCACUAUAUAUCGUUCUAUUAACCAAUCGUUGGUUGACACAGAGAAGUUGCUGAAGUUGUUAAACGAACCGACUGAAGUCAAUGAUAUCCCCGACGCUCCUGAUUUAAUCGUAGAGAAUGGAGAAAUCGAGUUUGAUAAUGUCAGUUUCUCUUACGACGAUCGAACUACCGCCCUCAAUGGUGUUUCGUUCAAAGUACCCAAAAAUUCGUCUGUGGCACUUGUCGGCGAGUCUGGUUCAGGAAAAUCCACGAUUCUCCGUCUGCUAUACCGCUUCUAUGAUCUUGGGGAAGGUCAAGGCCGAAUUUUAAUUGAUGGCAAGGAUAUAAGGGAGGUCACACAAAAGAGUCUUAGACAUGCUAUUGGUGUUGUACCCCAGGAUUCCGUUCUUUUCAAUACAUCUAUCAGAUACAACAUUGGUUAUGGGAAAUUUGGUUCAUCGACAGAGGAGAUUGAAGCUGCAGCUAAAUCAGCUCAAAUGCAUGAUCGGAUCCUGAGCUUUCCUCAAGGCUACGAGACUGUGGUGGGAGAACGUGGCGUAAGACUUAGCGGCGGAGAAAAACAAAGAGUCGCUAUCGCCAGAACAUUACUCAAGAACCCUCCAAUCUUGCUUUUGGACGAAGCUACUAGUGCUUUGGAUACAUCCACCGAGAAAGACAUCCAAAAGGCUCUACAGAAUCUUAUGCUAGGUCGCUCCUCAUUGUCAAUUGCUCACCGAUUGUCUACUAUUGCCAACGCCGAUAUUAUUCUUGUGCUGAAGGAUGGUCAAAUUGUCGAGCAAGGAAGUCACAAGGAACUUCUUGCGUUGGAUGGUGUAUUCGCAUCCAUGUGGGCGGACCAGAUCUCUGCAUCUGACGAUCCUGCGUUCUCAAUCCACUCCGUAAAGCCUGAGGUUUCUGGCUACUCUGCUGGGCCUUCGGAAUCUACGGAACAAGUUGUUCUGCCUCCUGAAGAUGAAAACGUUGGCGCUUAUGUGGAGGUACCUGCCCCUGAAAUAGACCUGAAGGAGUCGGCAGUGGUGACAACAGAAUCAAAGCCGGAACAGGAACCAGAGUCUAUAGUUACGGAAGAACCCGCACCAACUGCACCUGAACAAGAAGCGGUACCCAUUGCCAACCCUAUUGCUUUCCCAUCAGCUGAACCAGAAGAAGAGCCUACCGUUCCUCUCGGCGUUACAUCUGAGCCCACUUCCCCGAUCAUAGCAUUCCCAAUUUCUGACGAGACUCAGUCCACCACUCGCACAACCCCAACCUCCCCCGUCCUAGCUGGAGUUACAUUUGAGGCUACUAGUGGUUCCCCACGCAGCGGAACUCCUGACCCUGAUGCUGAACCAAAGCGGAAACGAAUUUCGUCACAAAAUUUCCAGCGCUUGGCUCGCAGGAUUUCGAUAUCGACUCGGCGUCAAGGCUCUGUUGCAUCGAUCAUUCCUGGGAUUCCUGGCCUGAAAAGGGACAGUUCUCCGCGAGUAUCUGUCGAUGAUGGCGCAGCUUCCAGCAGCGCGCGCGGAGAAGGCAGUUUUCAUGACAGUCCUGCUCCUAGCUUAGGUGAGGACUUGGAUAAAACAAAGAAGAAGAAGAAGAUCAGUAAGAAGGAGAAGAAGAAGACCACCUGAGUGCGCGUCUAUCUGUCUUUUCAUUGUUGAAAACGACACCCUUUAACGAACUGUCACGAUUCCAUGCCCGGCCAUGCCCCUCGAUGUUCAUUGCAUUAUAUUAAUAUGUACAUUUCAUGUAUCUUGUUAAACUUCAUUCCUAGACAAUUCCACGGUUUUUUAUACUUAGUUGAACAAGACCAAGUCUGGUCAGCUGUGAGAUCCUGUCUCGACGAAAAAUCUGGUGGAAAUCGAAGAAG